CGCACCAUGAAACAAAGAGAUGCCGAACAACAAUGUUGGGGUGAUCAAAAUAUACUCCUGAAUUGAAGUUCUUAUCCUGGCAUUAGUGCUAUGUUCUCGUUACGUCUGCGAAUCAAGCAUAUCGAUCUGGAACAUGACUUCUUCCGAACAAUGGAGGGUUUUCCUCCACCGAUGCUUGCUGCAUCGAAUCGACGCGGCUGAGUUCAAAAGCCUAUCGCGGCUACUCUUGCAGCGCUGCCCAAUUUCGGAGGCUUUGCUGCUUGAUGUGCUGCUCGAGACGCGGCUCGCCACAGGAGUUAAGUGGGAUCCGCUUCUCCCUCUGUACAUAGACUGUCUGUGCAAGAUAGGCCUUGUUCAGACUUCGACCGUGCUGAAUGCCCUUUUGAAGUACUCAUCAAUUCAUGACAAACCUCAGUCUACGUCAACAGAGGCUUCUUCCGGCAAAAAGAAUCGGCAAUGCUAUACGCUGAUGACGGACAUCAGAGUUGUCCAGGAUGCCAUGCUGUCUGUCUCCACGGGCAGUGUCCCUAAGUCAUUCUCAGAGGCGAUCUCCAUUUUCAACGCUAUUGUCGACUGGGUCCAAGCUGUCGUGGCCUGGAACAGCAACCACGCCAAUGGCAGUCAUCAAACUCCGGGUUUAAUUAGUUCUCCAGAUGCGGUUUCGCUUUUCGAGUCACUUGGCAUCUUACUCGCUGCUUUGUCGGGCACUACGAAAGGAUUAGAGGUCCUUUCGGCCGACUCUCAAGAAGCGUUAAAAGUCAAAUUGGGCCAGGCUUUGUCGGCAUAUCUCCCCAUUUGUGUUGAAGUAUCACUACCAUUGCGCAAUCGACUUGACGGUUUGCAAAAAGAGUUCAAUCUUUAUGGCGAGCCACCUACAAAGCCAUUGGAUGUCUCGAUGAUGGACAAUGUCAAUGUCAAUGCGCUUCAAUUUGAAGCAUCCGUUAUGGAUGGUCCCGUGAUCAACUCGAGAGCUGGUCUCUUCGUCUACAUAAAUGCAAUGCUUGUAGGACGUCCUUUGGUCGACGACAGCAUACUCCUCAAUUACUUGUCUAACAGAUAUGGAGGUCACUAUGAGGUGCUUAUUGAGGAAACAAUUACUGCCGCUUUUGACGUGCUUUCGAAUGCAAGCUACCGUAGUGAAUCAAGCCGGUCAAUGUUUCUUUUCCGGUCAUUCCUCGUGAACAAGCUACCUGCAUUCUUCGCAGCCAUGCUCGCAGCAUCUAUGGUGACUCUGCCUAUGGAACUGUGUAUCAGUCAUGCCCUGGGCCGGCUGGAUCCGAAUACGUUUCCAUCCUUCUCCCAAAUGUUUGCCAUGCAGAGCAAUACCGCACUUUCCGACGUGAGGCAGGAAUUUCUGUUCGCUUGUGCCUCGCACAAAUUGAUUCCUGAAUCCAGCAUUGAGCGACUUCUGGGAGAGAACCCUAUGCAGACGCUCCCUGUUGGUGGCCCGUACAACAAAGAUGAUCUUGUCAACCAGAUUAACGCCAAUCCGGAACGAGCAGAGCAGUUGAUAGGUGAAAUAGAGUCUCUGGAGGGAAAUGCAGGUGCAAUCGUUGGUGCAAUCACCGAGGUCAUGCACAAUCUUUGCAUUCAGAAGGAGACGAUGACAUUGAAGAAUAUUUGCAAUUCGCUCUCUCGUCGGCCCCAGGCUAUGGAUGUCGUCCUCUUGUUUCGAAGCACAAAGCAGGUGCUGCAGCCGUUGUGUUCCUUGCUGGAUGCCUGGCAUUGGGACGAAGACCAAGGAGAAAGUCAGCCAGUAUACGACGAAUUUGGUAGCAUCUUACUGUUAGUGCUAGCGUUCACAUUUCGUUAUGAUUUGCGAGCACAGGAUCUUGGGCUUGGCGGCAGCGAUUCAUUCGUUCUGCGAAUUCUCAAGAGUGGUUCAUGCAGCCAGAAACUGGAUGUUCUCAGCGACAAGCAAAACAAGAACUUGGGGGCAUGGAUUACGGCUUUGUUUAUCGCUGAAGGCAUUAGUGAAGAAACGAUGUCGGCGUGUAGUCCACAAGAAUUCUAUUUUCUUGUUGCUACUUUGUUCAGCCAAAGUCUUGGAGCAUGCGAAGCGGGCAAAUUGGAAUUCGACACACUCAAAGGCGGAUUCGAAUAUCUUUUGGAACCUUUUCUUCUCCCGUCACUUGUCCUGGCCUUGACGUGGCUGGGCAACCACAUCUGGGAAACGGAAAGCGACCCAUCGAUCCCACUGAAGGCCUUACACUCACUUGUUAAUCCUACCUCGAUAUCAGGUGAAGCCAGAGAGAUACAUCGCACCGUCUUGAACAUGACUGCGCGGGGCCUGGAAGAACAAUUAAAGGACGUCCGUACCCGGCACCCGUCCCGUACGGAUAUCAAGCCGAUCCUUGAUGCCCUCGAGCCAUGCCUGACUUUCCAGCGGAGUGGCAGCUGUCACCGGAGUGAGCUAGACGCGUGGACCUCGCACUCUCCUGGGGGGCUUUUAGGCAGCCUCCGAAGUACUUUCCAAUCCCUAGUGUUGUGGAGUACCAGUCCCGACGUCAGCGUGGCACCGCACUCUUACACGCAUCGACAACUUGUAACCAGCAUUCUGCUUUUUGGGUCCACGCGCGUCCUAGCUGCUUUGGUCGAAGAAUUGAAGCUGCAGACCGAAACUGGGAGCGGUGAUACAGCCCUGGACAUUGCAGCGACGCUGAUAUGCGCGCCUAUGGCCGAGUACUUUGCAAUCGACCAGAACAAUCACUCACACCAGCCCUUAGAUCCUAGUAAGGAAUCCUUCCCGCGAUGUCCAAUCCUCACCCUUAGGAGUGCCCUCCUCCUUCUUCAUGACAAUAUCCCGAAGAUCUCGGAAAAGGAUCCUUUGCGCGCCGAAGUCAUAGUCAGGUUAUACCGCCGGGUGAAUGCAUUGAUGACCCCACCGUCCCAGGUGCCGAACCUCGAUAUGAACAAUAUUAUUCAAAACAUGCAGCUGGGAGUUGGAGGUCCUGGACAGAUGGAUCUCGAUCCACCAGGAGCAUCUGGACAUGGUGUCGGUGGUGAUGACACGACAAAUCUGGAUCGCAUGUUGAACAAUGUGGCCGCUGCAGCUGCAGUAGGGAUGGAUGGAGGUCAAAGCAUGGGCGGUAUGGGACUUGAGUCGUCAAGUGGACUGGAUACAAGUAUCGAUGACGUGUUGAACGCUGCCGAUAUGGCGGUUGGAAAUCCGGAGUUUCUGGACUUGGACAUGGAAGGGUUGUUUUGAUCUUGUGUCUGUAUGUUGUGAUUGACUAAGAACACUGAGGGAUGCAUGCUCGGGCCCCAGUCACAGUGUAUGAUACAUAUUGAACCAAGCUGGCGAUACAAUCAAGC